AUGACCUCAACAACCACCCCCUCCGCCCUAACAACCCUCAUCACCUCCUACGCAACACCAACACCAACAUCACCAUCAUCCUCAAACCCCACCACAACCCCAAAUCCCAACCUGAACCUGAACCUCAACCCCAAAACCUCCGCCCUCACCCUCCAAGUCCUCCACAACCUCCAACACCAACACCUCUGGACCUCCCUCCAAAUCCACGAACUCCCAUCCACUGUCCCUACUGCCGCGGCAUCCCCCGAAUACAACACCGACAAAAUCAACCUCAUCUCGGGAAUCCCCCCGCACCGCCUCUACACCCACCCGGACGAGCAAUUCUACCUCCUCGAACGCGGGCUCCGCGAGGAGGACCUCGAGCUCGAACGAAUGUUCGUCAUCCCCACCGUGCAGGGCCACACGUGGAGUCUCCGGCGGUUGGCCGGGGUGUUUGAUGCGCUGCCGGAGGUGGAGGAUCCUGGGGAUUUGGGGGGUGAAGUUGAGGAUGAGGAGGAGGUGGUGGGCGAGGAUGAUAACGGCAGCAAUAAUGGUAGCGGCAGAAGCAAGGCGGACAAGUUGAAGGAAUAUUACCAGUAUCGGAAACAGGCCCGUGCCACUAGGGAGUGGGGUGGGAAGAGGAUGCUUCUCGCUAUGGUGGAUAGGCAGAUGGGUGGGGAUAGUACGGUGGUCUAUUAUGUCGUGCAGGAUGGUGCAGUGAAGCCGAGACAGAAUUGA